GCUGUUUGUGGUCCAGAGAGCAGUGCUUUUUCAGAUGGCAAACCCACAGUGGCUGCAUCAUGUGCUUUCUGAGGCCCUAAACAAGAUUUAAAUGCCUAAACCAAGUGUCAGUGUCAGAUCACAGGCGAAGGAAUCUCCAUCAAACCUAGGAUUUAAAUCCAGCUUCGCUCUUACUCCAUCAAAGAUUUCCCGUCUUCCAACACCGGCUCCCCUGUGUUAACCGGAAGCAGGGUGGAAAAGACUCCGUUUUGGAGUCGCCACCAAGUUCUUGACUCGUUCGGCUGUCGUCGACUCUCCUCGAGAUCUUUCUCUUCUUACGAAAUCUGGGCCGCGCACAAAUGGCAUUCCCAGCAUCCACCCAAUCUCAGUGGCCCCCACACCAGUCCACAAAUUGUCAGCUGGAAGGAACAUGGGAGCCAACAAAGUUGAUCUUGUCAAAGAUCCAGCGCUAGAUCGCCUCACCUUCCAGUGAGAAUAAGAUUUGUUUGCAAUAGGAAAAGAAAGGUAGAAGAAUUGGUUGGUGUGUUCUCUGGGAAUCGCGUUUGCUUGCUCGGAAUUGCACGGUUCAAGUGGCAGCGCGACUCGAGUGUCUCCAUUCCCCCACACCCCAAGGCAACAAGGGAAGGAGAGAAUCUCUGAGCCUAUAAAGAAGGGAAAUAAAAAUCCCAUCGUGACCGCUGCUGCCGAAACCCAAUAAAGGAUACUCACUGGAAGAGUACGAGAAGCCAAUCACAGGAGAGAGAAAUAGAGAGCGAAGGAAUCAAAAGACCAGAUGUUGACAAAUUUCCUGUCACUGUUCUUAGAAGGUCGUUCGUUGUUGUGAGAGAUUUUUCCUUUUAUCUCGGAUCUCUCUCCUCUCCCUUUCUUUGUGGCCCAGGGGGGAUCGAUAUCCUUCGAUCUGCGGCAGCGUCUCCUGCCAAUGGCCAAUUCCGGAUGCCCGUCUCUUCACCUUUAGCGCCUUUUGAUCCCAAAAAUCCGGUCUUUUUGGCUGAGACCCUUGGCGCUUGUCGUCUCCUGUCGCUGGUACUGGUGCGGUACGACGAAAGUUGACGUUUUGCCAUGGCGGAAGGCCCGCGGCCGCUUGGAUUUUUGAUGUUCCGCGUUCUGAUGCUGAAUCCACUGCAGCGAUGUUCGCGGCGAUGCGGGCGGAGGUCUCUCCGUGACUGGGAAAUCUGAGGCUUUCUUCUGACUACAGUCUUCAAGAGCAUGUUUUUGACCAAAUUGACCAGCUUUGGUUGUGAAGUCGGGCAUCAACUUGAGGGCGUUGAAGCCUAAACUCCAAUUCGAUUUUCGAAAUCGUACUUUCUUCUAGCUAACGUGCUUCAGAUAAUUCGCUUGCUGAUUGCUGCAGCCAUGUUGAACAACUCUAUCCAGGAUUUAAUGGGAAUCACAUUCAAGUGGCUGUAACCUGUUUUGCUAACUGGAUUCGUAUUCCCUCUUUCCAGUUCUCCAAGUAAUACUCUGGUAACUACAACAUCCUACAUUAACUAUUCAUGAAUGGCAACAAAAGUGCAGAUAAAAAGUUACCUUCCAGGCUAUUAUCCUUUGCAGGAUGUUAAGGAGGAUGCAAGUAGUUGGACUAGUUGCUAUCAGGAUGAGAAAUUAAGUGAGCAUCUCUAUAAUAGUUAUAUGCCAAAGUCAGUGAACGAUUCAGCACAGGAUAAAGAAAUGUUGAAGCGGACAAUGCUUGAACAUGAAGCUAUUUUUAGGAGGCAGGUCUAUGAACUUCAUCGUCUUUAUAGAAUUCAGAAGGACCUAAUGAAUGAAUAUCAAACUAGAGGGUUUGAUGGAUCAUCCAUACUGGCAGAAGCAUCACACUCAAACUCUUUUUCAUCUCAAAUGCAUUACGAAUGCAACAAAAAGAUGUCAUCACAGAAGUCUCACUUCCCUAUAGGAAGGAUCAGUUGCAGAAAGACACCUUUUGGGGGCACUGAGAAGAACCAUUUUUGUUUCACAAGGGAAGGUAGCAUUCGAUCUGAUCAGAUCCCAGUAUUGAAUGAAGCUUCUCGAAAGGACACCAAGAUGCUAGACUGCCAGUCUCUGAGAAGGAGAAUGUUUGACCUUCAACUUCCAGCUGACGAGUAUAUAGAUAUUGAAGAUACUGAUGGAUACGGUCUGACGAAUAUUGCUGAGGUAUCACCUAGUGCUAGUAUUCUCAAGAAUGGAACUUGCUCUCUGUAUUCUGAGAAUGAUGUGAAGCUCAGUCUAGGAAGCAAUCACAGAGAAGACUGUCACAUCUCGAACUCACCAACACAAAUCUGUAAAUCAGCCUACAGCAUAGUUGAUUUAAAUAAACUUAAAACAGAAGUAUGUUUUGAAGCACCAGUAAACUUGGAAUCUGUUCAAUUACUUGUCUUGAAGAAUCACAGUUCACAGAAUCAAGAGCAUCAUUUAUCGAUUGGAUCAAAUACUAGUUUCUUGGAUGGGCCAGGUGAUCAACAGGCUAUGUCAGACUUGGAUGCAGAUGUACACACAAAAAGAGAAUGGCCAUUCUUUAUUGAUGACUCUGGUAAGAAAAGGAGCACUGUAGAAUUUUUUGCUCAGACCUGGAAUAACGGAAAUGUGGGAACAUCAUGUGAAACAUUACAAUCGAACAUUAAGAAAUGUCCAAAAAUAUUUUCACUUGAUCAUAGUAACCCAGUGACAUGUUCUGGACAAGAGCCAACUCAUAGUAUCCAGACAUCCGUAGGAGUCCCUCAUUGCACCUGCUCAAAUUCCACUUUGUUGUCUCCUUUAGUGUCUUCUUCAAUCACAGCUAGUGAGAUAGACUUAACCAGCCAUGCAUCUUCAUUUGUUUCAUCUUGGAGAAAACCUGCCACCGGCAUAAACAACAAACUCAUUGCGCUUCAAGCACUUCCAUGCUUCAGCGGAUCAUCAAAUCCUAGUAAUGAGAACUUGAAUUCCAAGAUAGAUGCUCCAACUCCCAUUGAUUGUGAAAAGUGGCAGAGUGAUGGGAACCAGAACACAAGCCUCCUUUCUGGUACUGGGGUGUCUCAUACAAAUGGAUUUCACCAUUAUCUUCAUCUGGAUUCUAAUUCAGCAUCAUCACCACAUCCAAAACUUGCAUCCAAGCCAGACCAGAUUGAUGGCAGCAACAAAGAUCUCCAUGGUCAUUUACCUGGAAGACAUGUAAAGAGUUUCCUGAGCAGGGAUAUAGGCACUCCAAUAAACAUUAACCUAAACCAAGCAUUUGCAACCGGUGUUGAAGCAAGGCUUGCUGUCAGACAGGAUGCAGUUAUUUGUGAUGUUGACAGAAAAUAUGACAAUUUGUCAGGGGGUCUAUCUUGUCUUAGAAUAAAACCAUCUUCUAACGAGUCUGUUUACUUGAAGAAACAUGCUGCCAAAGUGGAUCUUAGCAUCUGUGAUAGACAUCCUCCACUUAGUUCCAGCUUGAUGGUUGUUGCACCGCAAAUUGAGAGGAAAGGAGAAAUGGAGCUAGAUUUUUCUCUAUGCAAACAACAGGAUGUGGCAUCAAAUUCUCAGUUUAAGGAUAACAAGAUGCAGCAAAAUCAAGUUUCUGAUAGCUAUGGGAAAAGAAUUCUUAUUGAUAAUACAAGUCAGCAAAGCAGCAUGCUUGCUUCUGUUCAACAUAUGAAACAACGACAUUUAACUGACAAUGCUAAGUCUAUGGAAAAUUAUAACAUGAUUUUUUCAGACUUGGGACACGAAACAAAAGUUCUGAAUUCACAGGAAAAGAUUCACAUUGGUUGUUCGUUUACAGAAAUAUGUUCUGGAAAAAACCGUGCAAGCUUUAGGAAACACAUAAAUGUGAAUGCUGAGUUUGCACGUACUGAUGAUCCUAUAUCUCCAGAUAUAUUAACUCAAGGUGAGAUCACAGUUCAGUCAUCACACUACACACCAAGAUUUGGUGCAAAAAUUCCUUCUGGCAUUGAUUUGGAAGUACCCAUAUCUCAGGAUGAAACUGUUAUUUAUAAUCAGCAUAAAUACAUUCCUUUAAGCAAGAAUGAUGGUUCACAGGGAAAGGACUACUCUGGUGAUAUACUCGUUAGAUUUGCUGCAGAGAAUUUAGUUUCUAUCUCUAUGGAUUGCAGGGGUCGUUCAGAUGUAAUCAGUUCCCACCAGUUAUCUCUGCCUGGACUUGACACCUUGUCUUGGUUUGCAGAGGUUGUAUCAUGCAGUGCAGAAUCUUCAGAUGAUCAUGGUUAUGAUUUCUUUGAGGUCAUGACGCUGAAUCUUGAAGAGAUUAAGAUGGAUAAGCAUUCCUCUAGACCUAAGGAGCUUGAGAACAAAAAUGAAAAAGAAGACAAAGACGAUAUAGGUGCAGCUUCACUGCUUUUCACAAAGCCUCGGCGUGGUCAGGCAAGAAAGAGGCGGCAGCGAAGGGACUUCCAGAAAGAUAUCCUGCCUGGUCUUGCAUCACUGUCGAGACAUGAAGUAUCGGAGGACCUUCAAACCAUUGGGGGGAUGAUGAAAGCAUCAGGUAGGCCUUGUCAGACAGGUUUAACUAGACGAAACACGAGUCGAAAUGGCAUGAACCCCCAAACAAAGGGAAGGAGGCAGCCUAGAAGUUUGGCCAUUACCACUGAGGAGAUUCAAGUCAGCCCCUCUACACAUUCACAACCCAGCAAUUGUGAGAUAGGAGUCAGCGAAAGGUGUAUGAUCGGAUGGGGAAGGACAACAAGGCGAUGUCGUAGGCAGAGGUGCCCCCCUGGCAGUCUCCCUGCUCCAUAAGGUAGAAAGCAAGCACUAAAUUUGUCAUGAUUGUUCUAUAGAGGAAUUCGGACCGAGUUCUUUGUAGUGCAGGUGGAAGAUGCUUGCACUGGUGAAAUGUGGUUUACAUGUGUUCUUGAUAACAGCCUGUACAUUUCAUAAUAAAUGCUGCAUAUUUACCUGAAACUGAGAAGAAUUUGACUGUAAAGAACUUCAUUAAAACAGUUAAUUCCAUGAAGUCUAAGCUCAUUAAAUCA